GUGUCCUGGCCGGUUACAAUGGCACCAUCUUUGCAUACGGGCAAACAGGCAGCGGUAAGACCUUCACCAUCACGGGCGGGGCAGAGCGCUACAGCGACAGAGGCAUUAUCCCAAGGACACUGUCGUACAUUUUUGAGGAGUUGCAAAAGGACAGCAGCAAAAUAUACACAACGCACAUUUCUUACUUGGAAAUCUACAAUGAAUGCGGUUAUGAUCUCUUGGAUCCAAGACAUGAAGCCUCCAGUUUGGAAGACUUGCCGAAAGUGACAAUAUUGGAGGACCCUGAUCAGAACAUUCACCUGAAAAACCUGUCUCGCCAUCAGGCAACCACGGAGGAAGAGGCUCUGAACCUGCUUUUCUUAGGAGACACCAACAGGAUGAUUGCAGAGACUCCUAUGAACCAAGCUUCCACUCGUUCCCACUGCAUUUUCACUAUUCAUUUGUCAAGCAAAGAACCAGGAUCUGCAACUGUCAGACACGCCAAACUUCACCUGGUGGACCUGGCUGGCUCCGAGCGAGUCGCAAAGACUGGAGUAGGGGGCCAGCUCCUGACAGAGGCCAAGUACAUCAACCUGUCUCUUCAUUACUUAGAACAGGUCAUCAUCGCGCUUUCAGAGAAGCACCGUUCGCACAUCCCCUACAGGAACUCCAUGAUGACCAGUGUCCUGAGAGACAGUUUGGGAGGGAACUGCAUGACGACCAUGAUCGCCACGCUCUCUCUGGAGAAAAGGAACAUCGACGAGUCUAUAUCUACCUGCAGAUUUGCACAGCGGGUGGCGCUCAUCAAGAAUGAAGCUGUUCUUAAUGAAGAAAUUGACCCCAGACUGAUGAUCGCACGCCUGCAGAAGGAAGUCCAGGAACUGAGGGAUGAGCUGGCCCUGGUCACGGGGGAGCCGAGGACCGAGGCACUCACAGAGGCGGAGCUCCUCCUGUAA